AGUAAACUCCUCAUCGUCUUCGCCGCUAUCGGCUCUCAGCUCAUUCUGUUCUUCGCCGUUCAUUUUCAGUGGUGAGCUGAAUGUGUAAAAUGAGUAAGAAGAAAGUGCUGGUGUUCUUGGAUAUAUGUAUCGAUGGUGAUCCAUCAGAAAAGAUGGUUUUUGAGUUGUUUACUGAUGUUGCUCCGAAGACUGCAGAAAAUUUCCGUGCACUUUGUACGGGAGAGAAAGGAACCAACCCCAGGACUGGAGCAACGUGGCACUACAAAGGAACCUUUUUCCACAAUAUUGUGAAGGGAUCUGUGGCUCAGGCUGGGGACUUGCUCAGGAAAGAUGGAAACUAUGGAGAAAGUAUAUAUGGCUCGAAGUUUCCAGGUUGAGGCUGAUUUGAUCUAAUUCUCAAGCAUGGGAGCUUCAAUGCUAUUGGACAUUUGUUUCCUCUCUUAUAAUGAUGAGUCACCAAAGCUGAAACAUGAUAGCCCUGGUCUUCUAUCUAUGGCAAUUGCUGAUCGUGAUACACGGGGUUCUCUAUUCACAAUCACUUUAAAUGAGGCUCAUCAUCUUGACAGGAAAUUUGUUGUAUUUGGCAAGCUUGUUUAUGGCCAUGAAGUCCUUAAGAAGAUUGAGAACGCGGGGAGCGAUACAGGGAAGCCAGAUGUGACAGUUAAAAUAGUAAAUUCUGGUGAAUUUCAUGGGAGCCGGCGUAAAGGAAAGCACAAAAAAUCUUCGAAAGAAAGAAGGAAGAAAAGAAGAAGAUAUGAAACCUCAGAAUCAGAUAGCUCUACGGAUUCUGAUACAGAGUCUUCUGAUUCAGAUAGUGAUUCUGAUUCAUACAUCUCCUCAUCAACUGACACCAGUUCAUCCAGUGAUGUCAAGCGCAGGAAGAGGAAGAGAUCUAAGAGAGAGAAACACAGACGUGAAAAGAGAAGGGAGAAACAUCGGGAGAAAAUGCGUAAGAAGCGUGAAAAGAAGCUAAAACGCAAACUUAAAAGUUCCUCCGACAGCCUUUCUGGAGGUGAGAGCAAAAGUAAUUCUGAAGGUGAUGCUGGUGCUGGUGGGCUGGAUGGAGAGUUUAAGAACACAGGGAUGAAACCUGAUGGAAGUCAAUCUCAUUCUGUUGAAGAUGGGCAAGCUGCAUCUGGACACCAGAAGAAAGGAGAAACUGCCGCCCCAUUUGAGAGGAAAGGUGAAGAAUUUCCAAAAGAAAAUGGUGGCCAUAAAAGCAAUGUUAUAACACAUGAUAGACCUGAUAAAAGUCCAGAAAGAAAUUCUGAUGCAGUAGACAAUAGCCCAAGCAAAUCUAGGUUUUUACUUCCAUUCUUGCACCUCUCUUAUUUUAUUGGUUCCAGUUACCUUCUCCGAGACGGGAACCCAAGUGAAAGCCCAAGGCGCAGUACCAGCAGGAGUCCAAGUAUCAGAACAAGUUCGCGCCACCUCUCGGAUCGCAGUACAAGCCCGGCAAAACGUGGAAACAGGAGCCUGACAAGAAGUGUCAGUAGAAGCCCUCCAGCUAAAAGAGGAAGUUUUGUGAGCAAGAGCCCUUCCCCGAUUAUAACAAAUCUUCGAAGGGGAAGAAACCGAAGUCCCACACCUAGAAGGCUUUCCCGCAGUCCACCAAGAACCUCCUCUAAGAAAUCAUUGAAGUCACGGAGUCGAAGUCCGGUUAGAUAUACUAGUCCUAGCAUGAGCCCUAUUAAGACUUCUCGAAGGAGCCUUAGCAGAAGUCCAGCAAGGGUUCCUUCUAGACGAGGUUCCAGUCGAAGUCCAGUCAGAGGACCUCACAGAAAGAAUCUUCGCAGCUAUUCAAGGAGCCCUCCAAGUGCAGGACGCAGGGAAAGAUCACCAAGAUCUGGUCGUGGUAGGAGCUCAUCUAGGAGUCCUUCUGUGGAUGGAUCUUCUAAGCGAAUUAGAAGGGGAAGAGGAUUCAGUGAGCAAUAUUCCUAUGUUCGUAGAUACAGGAGUCGGUCUCCUGUGAGAUCAUCAUACCGCUACGGUCGCAAUGACCGUGACAGAUAUACAAGCUAUAGGAGGUCACCUAGACGCUACAGGAGCCCAAGAGGAAGAACACCUCCUAGGUACAGAAAUGGACGAAGCAGGUCCCGUAGCGUGUCACGCAGCCCAAUACGUUACCGUGGAAGGCGUCAUAGCCGGAGUCCAGUUCGCAGCCGCUCUCCCCAGGGCAGGUACAGGCCUUCCCCGCGCGCCGAGAGACAGCGGACCAGGUCACCAUCAGGAGGAUCCAGGUCAGCUGCAUCUAGCAGGUCACCCACCCCUCCCCCUCGGCAGAGAAGCAAGGAAAGAUCCGCAUCACUCUCUGGGAGCCCCCCUGCAAAGGGCGGCGGCGGCGGCUUGGUUUCUUAUGAUGGGGAUGGUUCGCCUGACUCUAGUAGAGAUUGAUCUGAACUCAAACAACAUGAAAUGUGCCAAUCUUACAUGAAGGCUGGCUUUGCUGUCUCAGAAAAGUUGCAGUGUUUCUUGUGGUUAGAAGAAUGUGUGUGUGAACUUCUUGAUUUCUUGUGACCUGGGUUAUUUCGUUAUAUGCCGCAAUAAUUUUUUUUAAACAUGCAUUAAUGUUUGUAACAGAUGUGGCUAAACCCUGAGGUGCUUGGACGUUGUCAUAACUUUGUGUGGAGUCUUGUUGACUUUCUUCUUAAUCUUGUUUUGAAUAUUUAUAUGCUUUGUUAAGAAACUUCAGAGUUUUUU